AUGGGUUCUUCUGUGGAGCAGAACAUUUUGGUGACUGGUGGUGCCGGAUUCAUUGGAACACACACUGUUGUCCAGCUUUUGAAUCAGGGUUUUAAGGUUACGAUCAUCGAUAAUCUUGAUAACUCUGUUCUUGAAGCUGUUCAUAGGGUUCGUGAGCUUGUUGGUCCUGAUCUCUCUACCAAGCUUGAAUUCAAUCUGGGUGAUUUAAGAAACAAAGAAGAUAUUGAGAGACUCUUUUCCAAACAAAGAUUUGAUGCUGUGAUUCACUUUGCUGGUCUUAAAGCUGUGGGUGAAAGUGUUGGAAACCCUCGUCGUUACUUUGAUAACAACUUAGUUGGAACAAUCAAUCUCUAUGAGACAAUGGCAAAAUACAACUGCAAAAUGAUGGUGUUUUCAUCGUCUGCAACAGUCUAUGGCCAACCUGACAUAGUACCAUGUGUGGAAGACUUUGAGUUACAAGCUAUGAAUCCUUAUGGUCGUACCAAGCUGUAUCUUGAAGAGAUAGCUAGAGACAUUCAGGCAGCAGAACCAGAAUGGAAGAUCAUUCUUCUGAGGUACUUCAAUCCUGUUGGAGCUCACGAGAGUGGAAGAAUCGGAGAAGAUCCAAAAGGCAUACCAAACAAUCUCAUGCCUUAUAUACAACAAGUGGCUGUUGGAAGAUUACCUGAGCUCAAUGUGUUUGGACAUGACUAUCCUACUAAAGAUGGUAGCGCGGUUAGAGACUACAUUCAUGUAAUGGAUUUAGCAGAUGGCCAUGUUGCUGCACUAAACAAGCUCUUUACAGACUCCAAGAUUGGCUGUAAUGCUUAUAAUCUUGGGACUGGUCAAGGAACUUCUGUCUUAGAAAUGGUUUCUGCUUUUGAAAAAGCUUCUGGCAAGAAAAUCCCUAUCAAGCUAUGUCCAAGAAGAGCAGGAGAUGCAACAGCUGUUUAUGCAUCAACUGAGAGAGCUGAGAAAGAACUUGGAUGGAAGGCAAAAUAUGGAGUUGAUGAGAUGUGCAGAGAUCAAUGGAACUGGGCACAUAACAAUCCAUGGGGUUUCCAGAAAAAGCCUUGA